GUGCCUGACGUGAUGAAAGAUUCAUCCCAGUCUGCGACAACUUGUACUGUGCGCACACACGUUGUAUAUAUUCAUCAUUGAGCAUAAUAUUUGGUAAUUUCUAGCCCUCUUGUAUAUACACAAACGAAGUUGCAGAGCUUCUGUUGUCCAUCCCAAUGUGACUCUAUAUAGGUGUACUUUUAGACUCAAGUUGAAGAAAUAUGCCAAUGUCUUAUCGGGAAAAGCUUAUGAUUCCGAGCUAACCUCGCGAUGCUGAUGCCCUUCUGCAGACCAAUAUUAUCUGUCAAAUUCAUCCUUUCUGCCGUUGUCAUCUUCCAUUCAUGCCGACAUGGCUUGCGAAGCUUGUGCUUCUAAAUUUUCACUGUUCAAACGCAAGAAACAAUGCAUGGACUGUUUACGAUACUUUUGCACAGAAUGUGUUAUAAGAAGAUUUGACCGUAUUUUGAGUUGUGACAACUGCAGCAUGCUUUCACGCAGGCCAUUAAUUAGAAGUCAAGUAUUGCAAAUGCGCUCUAAAUAUCUACGGCAGUACCUUUUGGCUAAAAAAGUGUCUAUAAAAGGAUGUAUAGAAAAAGAAGAUUUAGUUAAUUUAAUAAUUGUAUUUGCCAAUGGUAAUAACGAUGGGAGAAAUACAGAUAGAAUUGAACAUGUGCCUCAACAUGAAGCUUCUGUACUCAGUGAAGAGCCUGAAAUACUUCAAAAUAUUCCAGAAAGCCAUGAAAUUACAGAUCAUCAACCAAUGAACAUAGAACCAGAAAUUGUUGUUGAAAAUAUAGAACCAGUUGAAAAUUCAAAUGAUCCACAUCUAUUUAGAGUUUAUGAACCAAUGACAAGACCUGUAUCCGGAGGCAGAGGGAUUUCUCCUGAGCGUAGGUCCAGAAGUCCACAACCUAAUGAAAGAUUAUCUGAUGAAAUUUCAGUGGUUAAUGAAUUCCAAAGUAGUCAGCAAGAUAACGAAGACCAUGAUGUUGAAAUUGAAGAAGUACUAGAAAGUGACGAUAUAAUUGGAGGGCCAGAACCUGUAAUAACGGAGCACGAAGAGAAUCUAGAAUCAGCUAAUGCAGAAAAUAUUUCAACUUUUAAAGAAGUUAGAACGUGGACAGGUAUUGUUAAAUUAUCAGACAUAAAAGAGCAAGCUGAAUUGGAAAGUUUGUCUGUCAAGCAACUCAAAGAUUUACUUCAAGCUAAUAGAGUUGAUUAUAAAGGCUGUGUGGAAAGAUGUGAAUUAUUUGCCAGAGCUUUAAGGCUAUGGGAAGAAUACCAGAAAUCCAGGAAAAUUGUUGAAAGUGCAGAUGAAGAUGGGCUUUGUAAAAUUUGCUUGGAUGCCCCAAUAGAAUGUGUCAUUUUGGAGUGUGGUCAUAUGGCAUGCUGCAUUAAUUGUGGUAAACAAAUGGCUGAAUGUCCCAUAUGCAGACAAUACGUCGUUCGAGUUGUCAGAUUUUUUAAAGCAUAAUUUUUAAAUCAGUCAUUUAAAUGAGCAAAAUUUAAAUUGUAAUUAUUUAACCAUGA